AGCAUGUACUCCUACUAGUGUUUCCCCUCCUUUCCCUUGUCGCAGCAGCAGAUCACUAGCUCACUCCAUGGUGGAGAGAGUGGUUGGUGGCCACUAAUGGCGCGCCUCUCCCGUCGCCGCUUCCUCCUCUCGCUCCACGUCGCGCUGCUGCUGCUGCUGCUGCUAGUCCCCUGCUCCUGCCAGGUCGGGGAUUCGUGCUUGGCGGCCCGCGACUGCGGGGUGGGCCUCUACUGCGGCGAUUGCGCCGCCGCCGGCAGGACGCGGCCGUCCUGCAUCAGGGACCUGGCCAUCCAACCCACCUCCAUCGUGAAGGGGCUGCCCUUUAACAGGUACUCAUGGCUGGUGACCCACAAUUCAUUCUCCAUCGUCGGCGAACCGUCACGCACCGGGGUUGAGAGGGUUACAUUCUACAACCAGGAAGACACUGUCACCAACCAAUUGAGGAAUGGAGUGAGGGGGUUGAUGCUGGAUAUGUAUGACUUCAGCGGUGAUGUCUGGCUCUGCCACUCCUUGCAAGGGCAAUGCUACAACUUCACCGCUUUUGAACCAGCAAUUGACACGUUGAAAGAGGUGGAAGCAUUUCUAUCUGAGAAUCCCACAGAGAUUGUUACAAUAUUCAUUGAGGAUUACGUACAUGCCCCGAUGAGAUUGAGCAAACUGUUUACUGCUGCUGACUUGAUGAAGUAUUGGUACCCUAUCUCAGAAAUGCCAACUAGCGGCCAGGACUGGCCCACUGUCACAGAUAUGGUUGCAAAGAACCACAGGUUGCUUGUGUUUACUUCCGAUGCUUCAAAGGAGUCUAGCGAAGGAAUAGCUUACCAGUGGCGUUAUUUGCUGGAAAAUGAGUCUGGAGAUCCGGGUAUUGACCCUAGCUCUUGUCCAAACAGAAGGGAAUCACAGCCACUAAACUCAAGAUCUGUGUCUCUAUUUAUGCAAAAUUACUUCCCCACAAUUCCUGUUGAGAGUGAAGCAUGCAAAGAGAAUUCUGUUGGACUACCGCAGAUGGUCCAAACAUGCUAUGCUGCAGCUGGAAAUAGAAUCCCGAACUACAUAGCUGUUAAUUUUUACAUGCGAAGCGAUGGUGGUGGUGUUUUUGAUGUUCAAGACAGAAUCAACGGCCUUACGCUAUGUGGUUGCAACUCCAUUGCUGCUUGCCAGGCUGGGGCACCCACGGGCGCAUGCAAGAACACUGGCGCACCUAACCGAACCACCUCUUCCGUAAAUGGGAACGUCUAUUCAGGAACCAUAGAAUUCACGACUUCUGCUUCAAGGGCCAGCAGUACUUCCAUCUGGAGCAACUUGGUUCUUUCGCUGAGUCUUGUGUUGAUUCUGAAGCCAUUCUGAACCUUCGAGCUUUGAUUUACAUGUCUUUGUGGGUUUGUGAACUGUCCUUUUCUUCUUCUUCCAUACCGGCAUAGUAAUGUUGUCAUGUUGCUUCCGUGAUGGGAUGAUGGUCAGCAGCUUGCUAGCUUUCUAGGCUAUAUUCAGAGAAAUAGAUAAUGAGUCUGGGCUCAGUGUGGAUAGAACAAAUAGUGUGCAAUGCUAGCACUCUUACAUUUUUUUA